AUGACUACUGCCAGACAACUCCCUACGGAUGACGAAAAACGACGUUUUAUGAGAAGAGCAGUGGACCUUAGUUAUAUUGGAGCAUUUGAGGAGAAACCUGGCACAACAUGGCCAUUUGCAGCGAUCAUAGUCAAAGCGGGCAAGAUCAUAGAACACGUGAGGGAUACAACAAAGUAUAUUGUGACUGUUGAUCCGACUGCUCAUGCCGAAGUUGUUGCUAUCAGAAAUACAUGUGAUUCCCUGAAAACAUCGAUAUUAUCGGGAUGUGAUAUAUACACCAGUUGUGAACCAUGUAACAUGUGUACUGCUGCCAUCUUGUUAGCAGGAAUAGAGCGUGUUUAUUACGGUGCUACCGUUGAAAAACUCGUUGAAAAACAGUACAUUUCCAUUUCCAGUGAUUUGAAAUUCGAGGUUCUAGUUCAUCCAAGACCCGCAGAAUACUACAACAUCAGAGAGCAUGUCGAUGACUCGAAGAUUUAUGAAAUAUGGCAGAAAUGGUCAUUUAAACAAACAAUCAACUAA